GAAUGUCAUAUUUUGAUUGACAAAAGCGCAAAAAAAUAAAAAAAAAAUAAAAAAAAAAUAAAAAAGAAAGAAAGAAAGAAAGAAAGGGGUUUUCUCAGUUGGGGUUUUGCUUUUAUUUCCGAGUAGGCUGAAUUGGAUUCAUGGAUAGUCCAAUUCCUGGUUGGAGUCUCCCUGUGCCUGAUCUGAGAAAGUCCCCCGGGGUGGAUCAUGGGCUAGUUGAGCUGUUAUGGGAAAACGGGCAGGUGGUAUUGAACAGCCAGACGCAUCGAAAACCGGGCUAUGGCUCGGACGAGUCACUGCAACCGCGUAAACAUGGAGAAUCAACAAUUAGAAGCAAUGGAAAUUCAACUAAUUUGAUUGAAGUUGAUGAAACAGAUUCAUGGAUUCAUUGCCCUAUCGAUGAGUCCUUUGAAAAAGAGCUCUUAUGGAACAAUUUUUCGAGUCCAAAUCCAUUGCCACCUCCAAGAUUCGAAAGCGGUCAUCAAUCGUCCCUCCAGAAUCAGAACUCUGGACAAAAUAUGGGUCGAUUUGGAGGACAGGGAGAGCAUUCGAUUAUGACGGUGGGAUCGAGUCACUGUGGCAGCAAUCAAGUCGUCAAUGAAUUGCGUAUGAGCCGUGCAGCUGCGGCCAAGAAUUACGGCGGAAAACUUAGUGAGAGCUUAGAAAGAGAGACACUUGAAACAGUUAUAACAACAUCUUCAGGUAGUAGCUUUGGGAAAACAACAUGUAAUCAGUUUACUGAUCGCAACAAUUCCCACAAAAGAAAAAUCAGAGAUGGUGAAGAUACAGAAUGCCAAAGUGAGGUAUUCACUGUGGAACCUAAUUUUAUUGUACAGUUACUUCUCGACCGCUUGGAGGGUUUCAACAUCUUUCAUGUUUUAACUUCGUUUCCUUAUUUUCAGUCAGAUAAAGCAUCCAUGUUAGAUGAGGCAAUUGAAUAUAUGAAGUCACUGCAAUUACAAGUUCAGAUGAUGUGGAUGGGAAGUGGAAUGGCACCAAUGAUAUUUCCAAGUGUGCAACAAUACAUGUCAAGAAUGGGAAUGGGAAUGGGAAUGGGGAUUGUUCCUUCAAUCCACAAUGUCCCUAUGCAUUUACUGAGGAUGCCAAUGCAAGUUGAUCAACAAAUCAAUAUGCAAAACCAGGCUGCAAUUCAUCAAAAUCCUGUGUUGAAUCCAGUUAAUUAUCAAAACCAAAUGCAAAAUCCAAAAUUUCAUGAUCAAUAUGCCAAUUACAUGGCCUUCCAUCAACUCCAAAAUGGCUUCCAGCCUAUGACCAUGUUCAACUUUGGCUCCCACACAUCACAGCAGAAUCACAUGCAACCACGACCACCUGCGAAUGGCAAUGGAUCGACUGGAUAAUCAUAAGUGACGGAGUUAGAAUUUUUCAUGUAAGGUCUCUCUGAUAAUAAUGCCCCUAGUUGAUGGUAAUGGAGUUUUAAGCAGAAAAGAGGAUAUAUAUAGAAAUUUUGGGCUGCUUUAUUUUCUCAAAGUGCCCCAAGAUUUAGAGCUCUCGUUGAAGUUAUCAUGUUCGUGCAAUAUGGGACUUUGAUAUAUUAAAUCAUAUCCUUAGACAUCGUGAUGCAAUAAUAUUACAUUUCAACUGAGCAUGUAUAAGUGUCAUUAUAAAUGCAAAGUAUUGUUGAGAACCA